AUGGGCACCACCCGGCACUCCGACCCCAGCUUCCUCACCGUGCUGCUCCAGGACGCCGUCGGCGGCCUCCAGGUGCUCGUGGAGGAUGACGGCGGCUCCGCUGAGUGGAUUGAGGUGCCGGCGGUGCCGGGGGCACUGGUGGUGAACAUCGGCGACUACCUGCAGCUCUUGUCCAACGACAGGUUCAAGAGCGUGGAGCACCGCGUGGUGGCCAACGGCGCGGGUCCUCGGGUGUCGGUGGCCUGCUUCUUCCGGACGUACGGUGCCGCCGCGUCCAUGAGGGUGCUGCAGCCGAUCGUCACCGGCGGAGACCGCGCGAGGUACAAGAGCGCGACGGUGGAGGAGCUGCUCCGGCACUACAGGGCCAAGGGCCUGGACGGCACCUCCGCGCUCGACCACUUCAGGCUCUGA